GCUUUAAGAAUAAGACUUCUAAAAAAUCCAAAGUUUGUGGGAUUUGCAAGCAAAUUAUUGAUGGUCAAGGGAUUUCAUGUCCAGCCUGCAAGUAUUCCUGCCACAAGAAAUGUGAAGCUAAGGUUCUGCGGCUUCCCCUGCCACCUGCAUCUCUCAUUUGUCACAAACCGUUCAGGUUGCCAGCUCUGAGUUGCACCAUGGAAAACAGCCACGAGCUGGACCUCACUUACAUCACUGAGCGCAUCAUUGCCGUGUCCUUCCCUGCGGGCUGCUCGGAGGAGUCCUACCUGCAUAACCUGCAGGAGGUCACGCGCAUGCUGAGGUCCAAACAUGGGGACAACUACCUGGUAUUAAACCUUUCAGAGAAGAAGUAUGACCUGACAAAGCUUAACCCAAAGAUUCUGGAUGUGGGCUGGCCUGAGCUGCAUGCACCCCCCUUGGACAAAGUGUGUAGCAUCUGCAAGGCCCAGGAGUCAUGGCUGAACAGUGACCCCCAGCAUGUUGUGGUUAUUCACUGCAGGGGUGGAAAGGGACGCAUUGGAGUGGUCAUAUCGUCCUAUAUGCACUUCACCAACGUCUCGGCCAGUGCUGACCAGGCUCUGGACAGAUUUGCAAUGAAGAAGUUCUAUGAUGAUAAAGUUUCAAUGCUGAUGCAGCCUUCCCAGAAACGAUACGUUCAGUUUCUCAGCGGGCUCCUGUCAGGAGUGGUGAAAAUGAACGCCUCACCCCUGUUCCUGCACUUCGCCGUCCUCCACGGCACCCCCAACUUUGACACGGGUGGAGUGUGCCGGCCCUUCCUGAAGCUCUACCAAGCCAUGCGUCCUGUGUACACGUCGGGCAUCUACACUAUUGGCCCAGAACACCAAAACAGGAUCUUCAUCGCCAUAGAACCGGCCCAGCUCCUGAAAGGAGACAUCAUGGUGAAGUGCUACCAUAAGAAGUACCGCUCAGCUACCCGCGAUGUCAUUUUCCGCUUGCAGUUCCACACGGGAGCUGUUCAGGGCUACAGACUUGUGUUUGGGAAGGAGGAUUUGGACAGUGCCAGCAAAGAUGACCGGUUUCCUGAUAAUGGGAAGAUUGAAUUAAUAUUCUCUGCCACUCCUGAGAAGAUUCAAGGUUGUGAGCACUUGCGCAAUGACCAUGGGGUAACUGUGGACUUCAACACCGCUGACCCUUUGAUCCGGUGGGACUCCUACGAGAACCUGAGUGCAGAUGGAGAAGUGCUGCACACACAGGGCCCUGUGGAUGGCAGUCUUUACGCCAAGGUGAGGAAGAAGAGCACGUCCGAGUUGGGGGGGCCCCCAGCUGCCAUUUCCACCAGCAGCCCAGACCACGGGGAGCACACACUGUCGGUCAGCAGUGAUUCUGGACACUCCACCACUUCAGCCAAGACAGACAGGACUGAGGAGCGCCUUGCUCCGGGGCCCAAGAGGGGCCUGAGCCCCCAGGAGAAAGCUGAAUUGGACCAACUCCUCAGUGGCUUUGGCUUAGAAGAUUCUGGUAGCCACGUCAAGGAUAUGACUGAUGCUCACAGCAAGUACAGCGGGACACGCCACGUUGUACCCGCCCAGGUUCAUGUGAACGGAGAUGGCAUGCCCAGGGACCGGGAGACGGACAUCCUGGACGACGAGGUACCCAGCCAUGACCUGCACAGUGUGGACAGCAUCGGGACUCUGUCCUCCUCCGAGGGCCACCCCUCGGCCCACCUGGGCCCUUCCACCUGCCACAAGACCAGCCAGAACUCGCUGCUCUCGGAUGGAUUUGGCAGCCCUGGAGAAGAGCCACAGGGUCCCCUGGGCCCAGACCUGGGCCUCAGUGGGGGGCCCCCAUAUGAGCGGGAGCGGGCUCUUGGGGGUCAAGAGCCCAGACCACUGCAGCCUCUGCUGAGGGAGCCAUCUGUGUCUGCCCAGACGCAGGCCUUUGGACAGAGUGGCUACUCCACACAGACCUGGGUCCGCCAGCAGCAGAUGGUGGCCACACAUCAGUAUGGCUUUGGCCCCGAGUCAGAAGCCAGGCUUGUCAGCCGGGGCUCAGCAGACAGCUCGGGCCUGCUGCAGGCCCAGCCCAGCAUUCUGGUCACACCUGCCAGGGGGCCUGGGAGGGGGGCUGUCCACAGGGGCCUGGGGCUAGGGCCACAGCCCCUGGACACACAGUGCCCCUCUCUAGGCAGGGCCUGCAAACCCAGGUUCUCCGACAUGGGGCUGGUGAACGGGACCGGCCUGGAGCUGAGUACAGACCCCUCUCUGGGCUCGCCCACCCUGGACAUUGACCAGUCCAUCGAGCAGCUCAACAGACUCAUCUUGGAGUUGGACCCCACCUUUGAGCCCGUCCCCACCCACCUCAAUGCCUCUGGUGGCCAGGCCAAUGGCCUGGGAGGUGGACUCCGGGCAGGCGGCUGCUUGCAGGACACAGAGGGCUGCAGAGCGCCCAUGAGGCCAGGCUACUCGAGUGAUGAGGCCCUGGGAGGAACGUACCGGAAGUGGAGCCUUGGACAGUAUGACAACAGUGCUGGGGAGCAGCCUGCCUUCUCCAAGUACGGGUGGGGGAAGACCACCAGUGUGGACCAAGCUCCCAGCCUGGCAUCUUUCCUUUCUCCAGCAGACACCAAAGAGACGGCCAUCUCCACGUACCCCUCGGACCUCGAUGUCAUCGAUGGCAGGAUUUUUUCUUCCACCAAAAGCAGCAGUGAGUCCAUAUCAUCCAUACCAGCAUUUCCUGUGUCUCCAGGGACACCGUAUGUGACAACACCCCCACAGUAUUCCCCGUUCAACCCACCUGGGUCACAGAUGGGCGGCACCAGUGGUUUGUACAAAGGAGAUCAUGAACGACGAGGCUGUCCUGAGAGUCUCGGUCACACUGUGGGGAUGUCAGAGAGCCCCGUUGGACCAAACCCCGUCACGCUUCGGGCCGACCUGCCGCCAGUGCCCUCCUUCCAGCGGACCUUUGCAUCGUCCUGCACCAUUGCCAGCAGCGGCCCUGGCCAGUGCAGGGACAGCUCUUCCUCAGCUGAACACCCAUGGGUGGAGAACACUCCCUCAGCCACACUCAACCUGCUGGGAACCAGCCGGCCUGCAGGAGGACUCCUUGGUGCUAGCGAGUUCACCAACCCUGGCAAGGAUGGUCCCGGACAACCCCACUUCCCACCUGCAGAGCUCCCGGUCUCUUUCCACAGUCAGGAGCUGCCCGUGGUGGAGCUUCCGGAAGUGCUGGGCACACAGAGUGGCCAGACCUCCCUGUCCUUUGGCACUGCCCCCCUGGGAAGUGCUCUCCCCUCCCGGGAGGACCCAGCAGCUCUGAUGGCCAAGUCUCACGAAGGGUCCCAGCCUCCCAGACCCUCGAGGCCCGUCGUGCCGGCCACUGACAGUGGCUUCCUAUCCCACGACUUUCUCAUGCUGGUGCCUGGACACAGUGGCCAGCACAGUUCCGUUGUACAGGGCCAGGGGCUGACUCUGCCUGGGCAGCCUCCUCUCCCCGAGAAGAAGCGGGCCUCGGAGGGAGAACGUUCCCUCGGCUCCAUCUCCCCCUCCUCUAGCGGUUUCUCCAGUCCCCACAGUGGCAGCACCAUGAGCAUCCCUUUCCCAAACAUUCUUCCGGACUUUUCCAAGACUGCAGAGGCAGCAGCACCUUCUCCAGAUAAUUCAGGUGACAAGCAUCUGUCUGUGAAUUUUGUCCAAGAUACAUCCAAAUUCUGGUACAAAGCAGAUAUCUCCCGAGAACAAGCCAUUGCCAUGCUGAGGGACAAGGAACCUGGCUCAUUCAUCGUCAGGGACAGCCACUCCUUCCGAGGUGCCUACGGCCUGGCCAUGAAGGUGGCCACUCCACCCCCGUCAGUCCUGCAACUGAACAAGAAAGGUGGAGAUUUGGCCAAUGAACUUGUUCGGCACUUUUUGAUUGAGUGCACCCCAAAGGGUGUGCGGUUGAAAGGGUGUUCCAAUGAGCCAUAUUUCGGUAGCCUGACAGCUUUGGUCUGUCAGCAUUCCAUUACAGCCUUGGCUUUGCCCUGCAAACUGCUCAUUCCAGACAGAGACCCUUUAGAGGAGAUCGCGGAAAGCUCACCUCAAACAGCAGCCAACUCGGCAGCUGAGCUGCUGAAGCAGGGAGCAGCCUGCAAUGUAUGGUACCUGAAUUCCGUGGAGAUGGAGUCCCUCACAGGCCACCAGGCUGUCCAGAAGGCCCUGAGUAUCACCCUGGUCCAGGAGCCACCACCCUUGUCCACCAUCGUGCACUUCAAGGUGUCAGCCCAGGGCAUCACCCUCACGGACAACCAGAGGAAGCUGUUCUUCCGGAGACACUAUCCUGUGAGCAGUGUGAUCUUCUGUGCGUUGGAUCCACAGGACAGGAAGUGGAUCACAGAUGGUCCUUGCUCAAAAGUCUUUGGAUUUGUGGCACGGAAGCAGGGCAGUACCACAGACAACGUGUGUCACCUGUUUGCGGAACACGACCCUGAGCAGCCCGCCAGUGCCAUUGUCAACUUUGUGUCAAAGGUCAUGAUCGGCUCCCCGAAGAAGAUCUGAGCCCCUGCCAGCCUGGAGACCCCAGAGAUGCUGGGACAGCAGACUCUGACCCUGAAACUCUGGGCCCAGCAGAUGAAAGAGCUUCACCUUUACAAAGAGAACAGACAAGACACCCGCUCCCGGCACUUCCUGGGUGAAAGGAGCUGGGCACCAGGCUUCUAACUGGAAGAGUUAAAGGACCAUGCGAGGAAACGCUGAGUUCACGCUGCUGAGAAGGCUCUGAGCCCCCCACAGGGAGCGAGGAACCACCAUUGCCGUGGUUUCUGCCCAGCCAACAUUCCAGGGGAGUCUGCCCUUCACUUCAGAAGGGACUGCAUGUUUUCAGGGGUUGGGGCAGCUGAGUCAGGCCUUUGUGGAGCACAAAGUCCUGGGGGAAGGGAAGGGGCUGUGAACACCAGGGGCACUUGUGUCCGGAGCCCCUGGCGAGGCAGCUCCUCUCACUGCUCUCACCGACUGGGUGGUGUCUCGACAGGGGAGAAAGAAGUGUAGACAGGCCAGAAGGGAAGUGCCUUUUCCAUCUAACUUAUACUUCAUUAUGCCACACUAUUUAUGUGGAUAAACAUCCACAUCCCCAUCACUAUCCUGUUCUCAUGUCCUGUUCUAUACCUGCCAGUCCACCAGGAUUCUGGGAGAAGCUUCUGGUCCUGGGGGCUGGGGGACUGGGCAUGAGAAUGUGCCCGAGUCCUUGCCAACUGCUGCCUCUGCAGUGCUUGGGCCUUCACCAGUUUAAGGUGGUUCGGCCCCAGUCAACCCACCUGGUGCCUGACUUACCUAUGGGUAUUUGCCAAGUUCAGAUGACUUCCCUUCUAGUGAGGAAGGUUCUAGAGGGGUAGGAAGGAGUUGAAUUUAAACCCAGUAUGUCUCUGCAUUUCUGUUACUAUUCAUCUUGGGGCCACCAGAGGUUCCUGAGAAGACCCCAGACCUUUGUAAGACCUUAUCCUGUUCUUCUGCCCCCACUGGCUCCAAUUGCACAGCUGCCUCUGGCAUCUUCAGAGGGAGGGAAAGACUAACACUUAAUCCCUUUGGGCCGUUUUUGAGUGUCACUUUUCUGCUCUUGCUGAAUCAGGCUUACACUGAUAUGAACACUCAGUGCCCAUGACAUUCCUCAAGCAAGGGCCCUGCAAGGUGGCUCUGAAUAUAAAAUCAGUUUAUCUGGCCCAAGUGUGUCCCAGCACUUGGUUCAUCAUGCUCUGCCCAUUUUUAUUCUCUACAGCGAGAACUAGUUCUUCGAUUACCCAGGAAUCACCAGCAAUUGUCCAUUCUGGGCUUUGGAACUGUGUCUGGUGACUUCUCAGUUUCACAGUGGGGCAGAGAUAAGCUUAGCUGAUCUCGGUGGGUGUAUUGUGUAUAUAAAUGUGCAGAAAAGCAGACAGAUGGGUCCACUAUUCAGCUCUUACUAAUGUACUGAACACAAGUGCCUCAUUCCUGUGCCAAAUGUUUGCCUUAGUCAUUGUGGACCUUCUCCCCAGCAUCUGCUUACGUGGCAUCGAAGAGACUGUCCCCGAGGUCCUGAUGUCCUGGCGCAUAGCAGAAGGCUCCGAGCCCCCCACUGUGAGCGAGGAACCUUCAUUGCUGUGGGCUCUGCCCAGCCUAUCUUGUCACUGACUGCCAGGAUCCGGCCA